AUGUCAAUUUUGGCAUACUGGCGUUUGAUUUAUGUUCUAGAGUUACACCUGACAAACACAACCUCCAUUCCAAUUUCUUCUUCUUCUUCUUCUUCUUCUUCUUCUUCUUCUUCUUCUUCGUCCGUUUCUCUUAUUUCUUUAAUCUCUUUUUCAUCUGAAUUUGUCUUUUUUUUGACAUCUUCAUUUCUUGUUUUUUUUCUCUCUUCUUUUCUUUUUCUCUUUGUUAAUAUUUCAUUACACUCUUCAUGUUCAUUUUAUUCUAUUUUUUUUCUUUCAUGUCUUUUUUUUAAUUCUUUCUUUUUUUUUCCUUCUGUCUUCUUAUACUUUUUGUAUUUCUUUAUCUUCUUUUAUUCCAUCUGCUUUUCUUUAACCUUUUCUCUUCUUUAUCUUUUUCAUCAUUUUAUUGACUUAAAUUUCAUUCUUUUGCCUUUCUUCUCUUUCCUUUUUCCUUUUUCUUUCUUUUCUUUUCUUUUAUUUCUCAUUUCACCUAUUUUUUUCUAUUUUCUCUUUGCUUUUCUUCGAUCUCAUUUUUGUUUUACUUCGUUCUUUUCCUGA